GGCGAGUCUUUAUUCAUACAUAUAAAUACAUCAUCACAGGUGGUAGUCGGACAUCAGUUGGCAGAUUUUCAUUACAGCUCACCACAUCGCGGGGUUAAUCGUCUCUCAAGUUAGUCAGCCCGACACAAUGUCUGCUAAGAUAAUUAUGAUGGCGGCCGUUAUGGCAGUAGCGCAGUGCGGAGUUAUCCCCUCGUACCCCGCCUACCACUCACCUCUGGCCUAUGCCGCCCCCAAGUACGCCGCUUACGCCGCCCCCGUCGCCAAAUACGCCUAUGCCGCCCCCGUAGCCAAGUACGCUGCCGCCCCUCUCGCCUAUGCACCCAAGGCGUACGCUCCACACGUAGAGGAGUAUGAUCCCCACCCACAGUACUCUUUCGAAUACGACGUUCAGGACCACCACACCGGUGACUUCAAGAGCCAGCAUGAGAGCCGCGAUGGAGAUGUCGUCAAGGGUGUCUACUCUCUGACCGAGCCAGACGGCAGCAAGAGGACAGUCGAGUACACCGCCGAUCCACACAACGGAUUCAAUGCCGUCGUCCACAAGGAGGCGGGACACCACCCCGUGGCCUAUGCCGCCCCCAAGGCAUACGCCGCCCCCGUAGCCGCUUACCAUCAUGCCGCGCCCGUCGCUGCCUACGCUAAAUACGCCGCCCCCGCAUACGCCUACCACCACGUGACAGUGGCCGUGGCGUCACUAUGCCUAGCAUCAGCUGUGGCCGCAGUGUUGCCAGUGCCACAUGGAUUCGCAUACGCGGUGGCCCCUCUCCCCCUCCACCACCCGCACCCGCACCCACACUACGUGCACCACAAGGCACCAGAGCCCUUAGACCACCAUCCCAAGUACGCCUUCGAGUACGCAGUCGCCGACCACCACACCGGAGACACCAAGAGCCAGCACGAGACCCGCGACGGAGAUGUUGUCAAGGGCAGCUACUCGUUGAUCGAGCCUGACGGCAGCAAGAGGACGGUCGAGUACACCGCCGAUGACCACAACGGAUUCAACGCAGUCGUCCACAAGACCCCGAACCACCACCCCGCCCCUGCCCAUGGGCUGCUAACAACGGACUUAGGGUGGAAUAAGUUCCCCAGUAUAAAUACUGGAACCCGAUCAGGUUCUAAGCACAAUCAAAUCUACUUCGGUUGCAGAAGUACUACAGUGAGUGUGAUCUCGUGUGUUCGGAUACUUAGUUACAUUUUCAUAAUGGCCGUCAAGAUGAUCGUCUGCGCGCUCCUAGCCGCUCUAGCCGUCAGCUGUUCAGCUGGGCCCGUUGUGCCCGUCCUCCCCGCCUACCCCGCACCCGUCGUGCCAGUCUACAAGCCAGCACCCCACCCCGAGCCGGCCUACCCCCCACCACACUACACCUUCGCCUACGACAUCAAGGACGAGCACACCGGAGACAUUCACGCCCAGGAGGAAGCCAGAGACGCCGACGUCGUCAAGGGCAGCUACACCCUCGUCCAGCCCGACGGCCAGAGGAGAAUCGUCGAGUACACCGCUGAUGACCACACCGGAUUUCUAGCCGUCGUCAAGUACGAGCCCUACGGACCACCCCUCCCCCCACCACCACCACCACCAAAGCCAGUCGUCCCUGUGGUGCCCGUUGUGAAGUAUGCGGCUCCUGUUGUUCCUGUGGUCAAGGCUUACCCAUACCACAAGUAAAUCAACCCCUCACACCAUUCAUCAAGGCCAGGAGCCUCUGCUCUGAUAUCCACAUGGAUGCACAACAUUUGAGAGACACCUCCAACUUUCCAAAAAUAGGUAUACUUGUUCCUUGAUUUGGAGAUUUCUGAGAUAUCAACGCUGUACUUAAUGUGUAUGGUCAACGUGUAUGGUCUUCCAUGUCUUACAUGCGUUCAUCUUGAAUGUGCCUCUGUUUUUCGAAUCACUUUCUUGAUUUCCAUAUCUAUGAGUCUCUUUUUACUUGCUACACAACAGGAUUUGGUCUACUUUCGAGGGAUCUACAUCUAUGAAUCUUUAGAUAUUCUUCAUGUAUGAGUUUUAUAUCUAGUUUAGAUUAUCCAAAUUCCGUUAUACAUCUGAGAUUUCGGAUAGUGUUCCAUUUCUCGAGUGUUUGAAAUGUAUAGGGAUCAUGCUCUACAUUUCUCAAGUUCCUACCAUCUCUUUGAUUGACAGAAUGUAGGUACAAUUCCGAUUUUUAGUGAUACCCAAGUCACUGUAUUAAUCUCACAAGUGUCUGGAGAUAUUUCUUCCUUGCAGCACUCCUCAAGUUUCCUGUUACUUCUCCAGUUCCUGAAGAGAUGCUUUUUCUAAGAGAUCUAUCUAUCUACGCCCGAGCUCUUUAAUGUUCGAAACACCUCUAUAUCUUCCUAUUUCAUGAGAUCUCAUACAUUUCUGGUACAAUUAUUCCGUUUUUCGAAACAUCUGGGAUGUUCUCAAAUCUCAAGCUGCGUACAGAUAUACGCGCCUCCAACCCGCUCCGCGCACGCUCCGCCCUCGUUCCGCCAUCGCUCCGCAAUCGCUCCGCCCCCGCUCUGCAUUCGCACCGAUCAUGAACGUUACGGGAGAUGUUAGCUAUUCUCGCGUUCCACUCUUGCUCCCCGGUCGAUCAUCAAUCGAUCUGCUCGAGUGACGUUCGGUUGCGGAGCAGAGCGAAAGUCUGUACGCACCUUUAGGAAGGAGUGUUCUCUCAAGGAUCAGGGACUGCACCCAUGUUGGCAUAUCAGGACACCUCCUCCUGCAUCACCACCUAUCAUUACGAAGAAGCUCGACCACCUCAACCACCAUCUAGGACUGAUUAUUUAUUUAAUUUAUUACUCAAACGCAUUAUUUUGUAGAAAA